UUUAUAUUUUAUCAGCUUUGUUCAGCUUUCGCUUUCUGAGUGUGUGUUGCCCUGUUUCAAACUCGCUUCUUGCGCGAUGGCAGAAGCGGUGGGGCCUUCAUCGCCGGCGGCUAUCGCGGCAAAUCGUCGACGCGUGACGAGCGCGCCGGAGAACAUCGACUUCGAGACGACGGAGGGCGUAAAGGCUAUCGUGAGUUUCGAGGAAAUGGGGAUCAAGGAGGAGCUCCUCCGCGGGAUCUACCAGUACGGCUUCGAGAAGCCCUCGGCCAUUCAGCAACGCGCUGUCAUGCCAAUCAUCCAGGGUCGUGACGUCAUCGCCCAGGCCCAGUCGGGCACCGGCAAGACCUCCAUGAUCGCCCUCACCGUCUGCCAGCGCGUCGAGACUUCCAUUCGCGAGGUUCAGGCGUUGAUAUUGUCGCCGACGAGGGAGCUGGCGGCGCAGACGGAGAAGGUGAUAUUGGCGAUUGGGGAUUUCAUAAACAUUCAGGCGCACUUUCAUGUGGUGUCUGGAACUCCUGGGCGGGUCUGUGACAUGAUCAAAAGGAGGACUUUGCGCACCAGAGAUAUCAAGAUGCUGGUUCUGGAUGAAUCGGACGAGAUGUUAAGCAGAGGGUUUAAGGAUCAAAUUUAUGAUGUGUAUAGGUAUCUGCCACCAGAGCUUCAGGUUGUCUUGAUUUCUGCCACUCUCCCUCAUGAAAUACUGGAGAUGACAAGUAAAUUCAUGACAGAUCCUGUAAGGAUCCUUGUAAAACGUGAUGAAUUGACACUGGAGGGCAUCAAGCAAUUCUUUGUUGCAGUUGAACGGGAAGAAUGGAAGUUUGAUACUCUAUGUGAUCUUUAUGAUACCCUUACUAUCACGCAGGCUGUUAUAUUUUGUAACACUAAGCGAAAGGUGGAUUGGUUAACUGAAAAAAUGCGUAACAAUAAUUUCACUGUAUCGGCAAUGCAUGGAGACAUGCCGCAGAAAGAAAGAGAUGCAAUUAUGGCAGAAUUUCGUGCUGGAACUACUCGUGUGCUAAUAACAACGGAUGUCUGGGCACGUGGCCUUGAUGUACAGCAGGUUUCUCUAGUCAUCAACUAUGACCUCCCAAAUAAUCGUGAGCUCUACAUUCAUCGAAUAGGCCGCUCUGGGCGUUUUGGACGCAAGGGUGUUGCAAUAAACUUUGUCAAGAGUGACGAUAUCAAGAUUUUGAGAGAUAUUGAGCAAUAUUAUAGUACUCAGAUUGAUGAAAUGCCAAUGAACGUGGCUGAUCUUAUAUAAAAUAUUUUCGUCUUGCCCUGUGCUGCAUGGAGGUAGGGAUAGUGUGUUUGAUGUGGUUUCUCUGCAUUGGGCUUUUUUUUUUGCAUGUACAGUGGUUUGACUGUACCAGAGUAGCGUUUCUUUUUGUUGGCGUGGUGAGAAUGAGAUUUACUUUUUUAACUUGAUUUGUUUUGUCUAACGAGUUCUCUCUAACUCGAGGCUGAAUAAUCUGUAAUUUGUUGGUUCUCAAGCUUGUGUGCAUAUACAACUAAUGGAAGAUCCUUUACUUUGGAACUUAAUUGCUCUACACUGGUAAAAUUUUGGAUAAGAUUGGUUUGGUCC